CACUAUUAAACAAGCCAGGCAAGAGGCAGCUGCAGUGGUGCUGCCCAGACGGUGUGGAGGGCCAUGGCAAGCUACGUGCAGCUGAGCACCACAGCCAAGAUGCCCCUCGUGGGGCUGGGCACCUGGAAGUCCCCAACUGGGCAAGUGACAGCUGCAGUGAUGGCUGCCAUCGACGCUGGGUACCGCCACUUUGACUGUGCCUAUGUGUACCAGAAUGAAAAUGAAGUUGGGGAUGGGAUCCAGCAGAAAAUCAAGGAAGGCAUUGUGAAACGAGAAGACCUCUUCAUUGUCAGCAAGCUGUGGUGCACAUUUUAUGAAAAGCCUCUGGUGAAGGGAGCCUGCCAGAAGACUCUUGCUGACCUGAAACUGGAUUACCUGGACCUCUACCUCAUGCACUGGCCUCUUGGGUUCAAGGCAGGAGAUGAGCUGUUUCCCAAAGAUGACAAAGGCAUGUCUAUACCCAGCAACACUGAUAUUCUACAGACCUGGGAGGCCAUGGAAGAGCUGGUGGAUGCUGGGCUGGUAAAAGCCAUUGGAAUCUCAAACUUUAACCAUGAGCAGAUUGAAAGAAUCCUAAACAAACCGGGACUGAAGUACAAGCCUGCAAAUAACCAGAUCGAAUGUCAUCCGUACCUCACCCAGGAAAAGCUUAUCAACUAUUGUCAAUCCAAAGGGAUUGCUGUGACAGCGUACUGUCCCCUUGGCUCUCCUGACAGGCCAUGGGCUAAGCCAGAGGAUCCUUCCCUUCUGGAUGACCCCAAGAUCAAAGAGAUCGCAGCCAAGCACAACAAAACCCCAGCACAGGUUCUCCUUCGCUUCCAGAUCCAGAGAAAUGUGAUUGUGAUUCCCAAGUCUGUCACACCACAGCGCAUUGUGGAGAACUUCAAGGUGUUUGACUUUGAAUUGACUAAAGAGGAGAUGGCAACAAUUCUCAGCUUUAACAGAAACUGGAGGAUCUGUGCAAUGAGCAUAUCCAGAACUCACAAGGAGUACCCCUUCCAUGCAGAAUACUGA